AUGUUUUUCGAUAAAGAUAGAAUCAUAAAAUUGAUGCAAGCGAACUAAAUAGCAUCUCCUUUAUCCUUUAAACUAGAUUCUCCUAGAAUAUUUUCAAAAACACCAAAUUCAUUCUCAACAUUAACUUGCGACCUUACUUCAAGAGGCAAACCUAAAUUUAAUUUCAUAGCAGAAUUAUCAGACAAUCGAUCUUUGACAAAUCGUUAUAUGUUGAACUCAAAAAAUAAAACGAAAUAGCAAAAAAUAUUGUAUUGUAAGGAGAAUAAGGUUGUUGAGUCAUCACUUAGAAAAAGCUAAUUGUAUCCAUCAACAGAUUCCUUACUUCAAAAUAUCAACAUAUAAUCUCCUGCUUCUACUUUUAGUUAAGAGUUCAUGAAAAUCAAUUCAAAAUUCAAUUCAGUUAAAAGACUAGAUAAUCAUGAUCAAUUUCUACAGAGAAAGUAGAGUAACUCAGUAAUUCAAUUAAUGAAUAAGAAUGUAUCUUCGAUCGAACCAUGCAAAAACAAGUAAUGUUGAAAACUAUUAUAGUUCUGUGAUGAGAUCAACAGAAAGAAUAAGGUAACAAUUUGAUGAAAUUACACUUUUGGACUUGAAAAGUCAAAAUAUUUAUUUGUAAGUAAGAAAUUAUUAUUAACAUCAUAAAGCAAGAAAAUGCAACUCUGAAAUCUCAAUUAUAAUCAUUACAAGACAAUAUCAAAUAUCAAAAUAAGGAAAUUGCAAAGCUUAAAUUUAAUACCCAAUAACUUGAAUAGUAAUAUGUAGCAUAAAACUAAAGAUAGAUUUAACAUCUAAUUAAAGGAGAAGAAUGAAAAGUCCACAUCCACUAUCGAGAAUCUUAAUUCUUAGUUAGAAUUUGAAGGGUCCAUGCAAGAUGAUCUCAGAAAAAAAUUGAAUGAAAAAUAACAGGAACUAAAGAAAUAUCAUCUAGUAAUUUAAUUAAUUAUUUUAAAGAUUGAAUAGGAAAUUAAGAAUAUGGAGGAUUCUCAUUCUGAAAGUUUGAGUAAAAUAUUUAAAGAACUCAAGGAAUAACAGAUUUCACUCAAAAUUCUUAAUCAUACUAUUCUCUGUCUAUCCUAAAUUUCAAUUCUAUUAUCCUAGAAGGAGGAAAUUCCAAUUGAGAUUUUAUUUAAGUAUAAGUAAAUCCCUUAAAUUUCUCAAAUGCUAUUAGAUUAAGGUUAAAUAGAAAAUAUCCUAAAAUCUAAUUCAAAAUUGAUAAAGGAAUUAUAUGAUUUGAUAGGUAAAUCAUUUGAAAAAAUAUCAUACAACUUUGUUUAAUAAUUUUCAUAAAUCUUGCAUAAGUCAUGA